GACGGCGUUCUCCGACUUUCAUAGGCCUCAUUGAAAGCUCGACGUGUGGCUCACUCGCGAGAUCACUUUUCCCUAAACCGACAUCCUGCAGUCCUACGGAGGUUUGGAAAUAAAACAUGGACAGGGGACUUCAGACUAAGGCCAUGGAUGUACGCAAUGUACCAGUAUAAGUGGCCCAAUUCGUUUCGCGUUCAUGGUAUCUUUGAACUUAGACCGGCGGAUUAGAAUCCCGCUGAACAACGUUGUGAGAACAUCCAUGGCGUGCUCUUCUUUGCCGCACCCCCUACUUCUUCCGCGCGCUAUUUCCUCUCAUUGCGAACCGAAGAAGGGGGCGCAUAUUGUAUCCGAACGACUCGCCUUUCGUUGAAAGGCUCAUUGAGGCUCACAUGCGAUGACUGAACCCCAGAUACUGAUGUUCAGUGACCUCCUAUGUAUGGAGUUUUUGACCUUCUACUGCGCUAGGGCUGGCAAAAAUAACUUCAUCGGUUGAAUUUUUGAAAAACGUGACGGUUUGCCCAGAAUAGGCUUGGUUCGUGUCUCUGCGUGGGGGUGCGGUGGAUAUCCAGUCGUAUGCCUAUCUUUGGAGUCCGCUUUAUUUACGUAACUCGUCAAAUCCUACGGAUCCGGGCAUCCAGUCAGGAACCUAGGCUGUUACUAAAUUCAUUAAUGAACGUUCGAUUUCCCGAUAAUAUGACCUGAUUCAGUGCUUCCUGUCAAAGUGCACCGGCGCGAAGGAUUAUUGGGUUCCGGUUUACUAUAACCCGGUGCACGUCGCACUCCCCAAUCUUUGUUCGCACUCCUCUGCCCCGCACUCCUCUGACUGUUGUCAUAGCUGUAACGAUGUUAGGCAUUCGAGAUGCUACCCAGCCUGCUGCGUUUCAUGUUACUUCGACCUUGUUUGGCCCUCUUGAUUUUCAACCACACUCUCAGGUUAUAAUGUACUUGUUUAUUGGUCUCUCGACGUUGUGGUUGGUUCUCAGAGCAUUUGGCGAUACUCGAAGGCGUAGUCUACCCCCAGGCCCACGAGGAAUCCCGAUCCUCGGGAAUGUCUUUCAGUUAACAGGAGACGUCUUUCUUACUUUUCAUAAAUGGAAAAGGAAGUUUGGGCCUUUGGUCUAUCUCAGGGCCGGUGGCCAAGAUAUACUGCUUCUCAAUACCCAUGAGGUUGCUUUUGAACUCCUCGACCGCCGUGCAGCUAUAUACAGUGGUAGACCUAAGCUGAUUGUGGCAUCCGAGCUGAUGACCGGCGGACUCUUUAUGCCCUUGCAAAGUGAUAAUGAUGCUUGGCGCAGGAUGCGACGCGCCAGCCAUGAACAUGUCGGACCUUCUGCGGUACAUCAAUAUCGCUCUACGCAGAUGAAGGAAGCCACAAUAAUGGUAGAAGGACUACUACGAGAGGCAAAUACCUGGCGCGAUGAGCUCGAGAGAAUGUCCGUUUCGUUGGCCAUGGGUGUCGUAUACAGGCAGCCAACCAUCACCUCUCUCAAGGAUCCUAGGGCGACCCAUCUGAAUGACUUCCUUCAUGAUUUCACCCUUGCUGCAUCUCCAGGUGCUCACCUAGUCGAAUAUAUCACUUGGAUGAAGUAUCUUCCUGCUUCCAUCGCUAAAUGGAAGCGCGACGCUCUUAAUCGAUACCAUCACGACUGGUUGUAUUUCAAGAAUAUGUACAUGACCGUAGAGGACCGCAUUCGCAAUGGCGAGCACAUCGCCUCCUUAGCUGCCUCCCUCAUCCGAGAUAGAAAGCAGUUGGGUUUGAGUGAGAAGGAGGCCGUUUGGACAGCCGCUGCCAUAUAUGGUGGGGGAGCCGAAACGACGAUGACGUCGUUGUCUUGGUUUUUAGUUACUAUGGUGUCACAUCCCGACAUUCAGAGGAAGGCACAAAAUGAGCUCGACGCUGUUGUCGGACAGAGACGCAUGCCUAAUUUCUCUGAUCGUGAACAUCUGCCCUACAUCGAUGCAUGCCUCCGAGAGACGUUGAGAUGGAAAGGCGUAACACCGGUGGGAGUUGUCCACCAAACUGCGGAGGAUGACUGGUACGAAGGGUACUUCAUACCGAAAGGCACUAUUUGUAUCCCGAAUCAAAGAUCUAUGAAUAGGGAUCCAGAUGUAUACGGCCCUGGUGUGAAUGAAUUUAAACCUGAACGUCAUCUCGACAAUAAUGGCAGGUUGGUUUGCCCAUUUCCUAAUACCCAUGAUGGUCAUGUUAGCUAUGGAUUUGGAAGAAGGAUAUGCGUUGGCCGUUAUAUCGCCGAUGACACGCUGUUCAUUGCUAUGGCUUCGCUACUGUGGGCUGCUACUAUUGCUCCAGUUGAGGAUGCUGAUGGCAAUCCUGUAAUGCCUGAUACCGAGGGUUAUGAGAAUCGAGGACUUGUCUUGUCUCCACUCCCUUUCGAAUGUUCUGUGAAACCUCGAUUUCCUGGAGCAGAGGAGAUCAUUUCCUAUACGAGGGAAAUGUUUGAGGAAUAAACAUGAAUCUUGGAAACUAGUAUCGAUGUACAAUGAACGACUCAAAUAAGAAAAUGCCUGCUUUGCAAACUAGGCUACCACGGCUAGUACUAUGAAUGCUAUUCUUGUGUUCCGCCUGGGAUUAUUAUUGAUUGACGUACUGCGUUUAUUCACGACCUAUCAACGUUAGCUCAGAAGGAUUUUCUCGGCAAUAGAGACGUGAUACAGGGUAGAAGACAAGUAACUAAGAGUGAAAAACUGUUGUAAUGC